GUGCCUGGAUUUCGCUGGUCGCCCGGAGUGGAGCGGCAGGGUUGGGCGAUAAACAGGCUGUGGCUAGGAGUCGGGGGAGCGAGCGCUCGCUCUGCCGGGACUUCUCACGCCCCCUUUAUUGCUUUAGGUGUGGUUUGGUCCAGACGCGGGGUCCAGCAGCCGGCUUGAGCCUAUUCCUUGGUGAAAGGGAAAAGUAGCUCCCGCGGGAAGCGGUUAAAGUUGCAGAAAGGGUGCGAGACGUGGAUUGUCCCCAUGCCAGCCAAGUGGUGUAGCCCUGAGCUGGUCCGGGAGCCUGCCCGACGUCGCUGAGAGAGGCCUCGGAGGAGGCGGGAAGGUGGCUGUCAGAACGCAGUGUUUGUGAACAGAGUGGGAAAGAUUCGACUCCGAGAAGAGGAAGAGCCCGAUUGAAAGGGAGUGAGGCCGCUGAGGGGGAGGGGGCUGCCAAGAUGGCGUCGGCCUCUGGGCAGUCGGCGGUCGGGUUUUCGUCCAUGGAUCCCGGGAUUUCUACCUGCACCUCAUCCUCAGCAUCUGGAACCAAGAGAUCCAUAGCAUCAGAGGUGCCUUAUGCCUCUGGCAUGCCCAUCAAGAAAAUAGGCCACAGAAGUGUUGAUUCCUCAGGAGAGACAACAUAUAAAAAGACAACCUCAUCAGCCUUGAAAGGUGCCAUUCAGUUAGGCAUUACUCAUACUGUGGGGAGCCUGAGUACCAAACCAGAGCGGGAUGUCCUCAUGCAAGACUUUUACGUGGUGGAGAGUAUCUUCUUCCCCAGCGAAGGGAGCAACCUGACCCCUGCUCAUCACUACAAUGACUUUCGGUUCAAGACCUAUGCACCUGUUGCCUUCCGCUACUUUCGGGAAUUAUUUGGAAUCCGGCCUGAUGAUUACUUGUAUUCCCUCUGCAGUGAGCCACUGAUUGAACUCUGCAGCUCUGGGGCUAGUGGUUCCCUCUUCUACGUGUCCAGCGAUGACGAAUUCAUCAUUAAAACAGUCCAGCAUAAAGAGGCGGAGUUUCUGCAGAAGCUGCUUCCAGGAUACUACAUGAACCUCAACCAGAACCCUCGGACUUUGCUGCCUAAAUUCUAUGGACUGUACUGUGUGCAGGCAGGUGGUAAGAACAUUCGAAUUGUGGUAAUGAACAAUCUCUUACCACGGUCGGUCAAGAUGCAUAUCAAAUAUGACCUUAAGGGCUCAACCUACAAACGGCGGGCUUCCCAAAAAGAGCGAGAGAAGCCUCUCCCCACCUUUAAAGACCUGGACUUCUUACAAGAUAUGCCUGAUGGUCUCUCUUUGGAUGCCGAUAUGUACAAUGCUCUAUGUAAGACCCUGCAGCGUGACUGUUUGGUGCUGCAGAGCUUCAAGAUAAUGGACUAUAGCCUCCUGAUGUCAAUCCAUAACUUAGAUCAUGCACAACGAGAGGCCACAAGCAAUGAAACGCAAUAUUCAAUUGACACUCGCAGACCAGCCCCCCAAAAGGCUCUCUAUUCCACAGCCAUGGAAUCUAUCCAGGGCGAGGCUCGGCGAGGUGGCACCAUGGACACUGAAGACCAUAUGGGUGGCAUCCCUGCCCGGAAUAGUAAAGGGGAAAGGCUGCUGCUUUAUAUUGGGAUCAUUGACAUUCUGCAGUCUUACAGGUUUGUUAAGAAGUUGGAGCACUCUUGGAAAGCUCUGGUGCAUGAUGGGGACACCGUAUCGGUGCAUCGCCCAGGCUUCUACGCUGAACGGUUCCAGCGCUUCAUGUGCAACACAGUGUUCAAGAAGAUCCCCUUGAAGCCCUCUCCUUCCAAAAAGUUUCGGUCUGGCUCAUCUUUCUCUCGGCGAGGAGGCCCCAGCGGCAACUCCUGCAUUACUUACCAGCCAUCGGUCUCUGGGGAACACAAGGCACAAGUGACAACAAAGGCGGAAGUGGAGCCAGGCGUCCACUUCGGUCGUCCUGAUGUUUUACCUCAGACUCCACCUUUGGAGAAAAUCAGUGAGGUCUCGACUAUUCCUGACCCCUGUUUUUCACCUGUAGUUGGAGAGACUUUGCAAAUGUUAUCUACAAGGUUGGUUCCUUGGCCCCUUUCUCCAUGUGAUCGUCUCAUCUCUCUCUUCAGGUCCUUGGGAACCUCCAUACCUGUUUUUUUCCAGAGACCAUUGUCCUUUGCUCUUCACUAGAUUUUUUUCAGGUUCACCUUCCUUAGAGUUCAUCUUUAGGAUUUGAAAAAGUGUGUCAACAUCUCUGUAUCUUUAGGGUGUGAGGGGAAGCUUUUGUUUGCAGACUUUUCUGAUACUCAGUCAAAAUACCCCAACUAGCCCUUCAUCUCCCAGUGAGUGAAGUGAGAGUUCUCAACUUAGGAUAUAAGGCUGGAAAGAUUCCUAGGCAGUAAAGACAAUGAAUAAUCUUUCAAAAUAAUCCAAUGUAAAGCUUGCGAUUUAAUUUUGUUACCUGGUGUAUUAAGUAUCUGUUACAUCGUAGUAAGUUACCCCAAAACUCAGUGGCUUAAAAUAAAAAAACGUAUGUCAUAGUUUCUGUGGAUCAGGAAUCCAGGUGCAGCUUAGCUGUGUCCUCUGGCUAAAGGUCUUUCAUGAGCUGGUAGUUAAGCUAUUGGCUAGGGCUAGGGUCUCAUCUGAAGGCUCAUUUCUAAGUUCACUUAUGUAAUUUUGGGCAGGAUUCAGUUCCUUGUGGGUUGCUGGACUGAGAGCCUUGGUUCCUUGUGGCUGUUGGCUGGGAGCCUCCCUCAGUCCUUUGCCAUAUGGGCUUCUCCAUAGGACAAUUCAGACACCUGGCUUCCCUCAGAGUACAUGCACCUAAGCAGAAGCCACAUUCUUUUUGUCAUCUAAUCUCAGAAUUGACAUCCCUACCACCUGUAUUGCAUUCUGUUCACUAAAUCUAACCCACACUCAAGAGGAAAGGAUUGCACAAGGGUGUGAAUACCAGGAAGGCAGGGCUCAUUGGGAGCCAUCUUAGGAGUCACCUGUUAAAGUCCUCCCCUGAUCUCUAGUGAUUCACAUCCCUCCAUGUGCAAAAUUCAUUUCCUCUCAUGGUCUCCAAAAGUUUCAUUCCAUUAUAGCAUCAGCUCAAAAUCCAGAAUUUUGUUACCUAAAUUCACUCCAUAUUUGGGUAAGCUUCCCAGGUAUUGUUCCUUGAGUGCCAUUCCUCCCAGUCUGCGAACCUAUGAAACAAAGACAAGCUAUCUUCUCACUACCCACCCAGCAUAAGUGGUGAGACAGACAUUAGAUAACCCCUGUACACAUUCCUGUUCAAAAAGGUCGAGAAUGGGAGGCACAGAGGAAUCACUGUUCAAUAGCUACCUAAAAUGCAGCAAAUAUUGGAGUUUCUUUAUCAGGUCUCAAAGUAUGGGAAUAAUUCCCCAUGGCUCUUGGCUCUACCCUUUACAUUCCCAAAUUUUGCCUUCUGAGUCUUCCUCUUUCAUGAAAACUGGAAUGUGUGCAGCUGAGUAGUUUUCUCAGCCUCCUUGCUAACUAGGAUUUUGGGGAUCCAGUGGUCCCUUUUCAUUUUGCAUUGUUUCUGUUCUUUGAAUCCAAGCUGGCGAUGUUUCUGCUGAUAAUACUCUCAAAGAUUUUGUGGGCCUCCUGUGAAUGUCAUUGGGGUUUACUCCAUUAGACACAAAAACCAUACCUACAAAUACCUUCUGGAUAAGCCCUGUGCUUCUUAGGGAUCCUAUUGUUCAGAGGAUCUGUGAGACGAACCCUUAAUCUUUUUGAAUGUUUUGAAUGGCCUUUUAUUUAUGAUUGAAUAGUACUCUGAAGCAUCAACUUUGAUUUUUCUGGGGCCUUAAAAAAUAUUUUGCAGCCCUGGCCAGUGUGGCUCAGUUGGUUGGAGCGUCAUUCCAUGCACUGAAGGGUCAUAAGUUCAAUUCCCCGUCAGGGCACAUGCCCAGGUGUUCCGGUUCGAUCCCUGAUCCAGGCGUGUAUGGAGGCAACCAAUCAGUGUUCUCUCUCACAUCAGUGUUUUGCUCUU